AUGUUGAUGCCCAAUAAGAAUCGCGUCAUGAUCUACGAACUCCUGUUCAAGGAAGGUGUUAUGGUUGCCGAGAAGAACCUGAACCUCCCGAAGCACCCGCAUCUCGACGUGCCGAACCUGCACGUUGUCAAGGCUCUUCAGAGUCUGAAGUCCCGCGGGUUCGUAAAGGAGCAGUUCGCAUGGCGUCAUUACUAUUGGUACUUGACAAAUGAGGGUAUAACCUAUCUCCGCGACUUUCUCCACUUGCCGGCAGAGAUCGUGCCAUCCACCCUGAAACGCCAGACGAAGGUGGAAAGCUCGAGAAUUUCUCGGCCGUCUGCUCCGAGAGAUGGGGCGAAGGCUGAUGGUGAUCGUCAGAGCUACCGUCGUCAAACGUUUGACAAGAAGGGUGACGUCGGUUUGGGAGGCGGCGAAGGAAUUGAAUUCGUGAGUUUUUCAAUUGCCCAUAUUGUGAUGGUGCCGACGAAUGAUACCCCUCUCUUAUUACAGAAAGGAGGAUAUGGCCGUGGAAAACCCGCACCUCAAUAA